AUGAAUGAUUCACCUGCACCAGCCGUCAACGCUGCCAACACCAACGCCGACCAACGACCCUCGUGGAUGGAAUCCUCUCCAUGGGUAUCCGGCGAUCCCCUUCGAUACCCAUUGCCGGGAGCAGAAGAUCCAUGGGGAAAAUGCCACCAACUCGUAAAGGACUACGACGAAGCACGGUGUGGUCGAUGGAAAGACGAGCUUCAGAACUUGUUGAUCUUCGCGGGUCUCGCGUCCGCUGUUGUUACCGCCUUUGCUGUUGAAACUCAAAAGCUCCUUCAGGAAGACGCCCAGGAUACAGCUGCCCUCCUCCUUGCUCGGAUCUCUGCUCAAAUCGGCUUAAAUGCAUCAUCCAGCACCUCAUUCACACCGCUUCAAACCACUCUUACGCCAUUCUCUGCGACACGCCAAGCCAUACGCAUCAACGCACUCGUAUUUCUCAGUCUCGCCCUUUCUCUGGCAACAGUACUAUUUGGCACUCUUACCCUCCAGUGGAUUCGCGAAUUUCAAAGGAAAGACAGUUUGUCUCAUACAGAUUCGUUGGUGAUAAGGCAGAUUCGUUUCGAUGGAUUGGUGCAGUGGAAGGUCCCCCAAAUUGUUUCCUUCCUACCGGUCAUCCUCCAGAUCGCCCUUCUUUGCUUUCUUGCAGGAUUAGUCGACUUCCUGGCGCCUGUAAACCGAUCCGUUGCCAUAAUCGUCGGCGUUGUCGUUGGUCUCACUUUCAUUCUCACCAUGGCAGCCACUGUGCUUCCCGCAUUUCAGAGCCUCUACUACGUGGUGCUAUUCCCUCGUCGCGACAUUGCUCAAUGCCCAUACAAGUCUCCUCUAUCAGGAAUGUUCUUCAGAUUAUUCUUUGCCCCCUUUUCAUUCUUCUUGGGGGUCCCUGUGACAAGACUUGAUCAUCAGCUUACAUUGCAGAGCUUAGCACGUUUCGUCAACGCAAAGAAUUGGGCAGACUACAAUCACAUAUGGAAAACUUACACCCACACCACGGCAGACUCACCGCUGGUGUGGGCCGCCAGGACCUUCUCGCAAAACCUCGAAGCCCUCUACGCCAUUUAUCACUGCUUCCAAGGGGUUGAUCUUCAGACAAAAUGGAAAGCAUAUUGGCGAAUAGAGGCUUUACCUCAAGAUCCUCCGCUCUUCAUCGGAAACCUCGAGCCGCGAGAGCAAGAGCUCUUGCGUGAUUUAGCCACAGAAGGAAUUGUCCGCCUCCUUACGACAGACCAAGAUUCUGACUCCUUCACAUUGCACCACCUCGAGUUGUACAAUCGAAUCACGGCGUCAGCUUCGGAUUUUAGUCAAGUCAUGACGAACCCUGAUUCCCGGCAGUGGUUAAAGAACUGUAAACCAAAACCCCCUAACACAUCCUGGUCUCCAGUGAACCCCGCGCGCUACUACUUCAGUGCCUGA